CUUUGUCCGAGUGAGGUCUUGCUUUUGCUUGGCGGACAAUAAAAUGUUUAUACCUAUCUACAACACAAACUAAAUACAUACAUCUAUUUUAAUUUGUUUCUUCUUUGCUUCAACGGUACUCGGUGGUAGAUACUCGUAUCUUAAGUAUUAUUGGUGAUAUCAUUCGUGCGAGAUAUUAUUUAUGGAUUAAGAGAUAAAUUAGCAUCUUAAAGUUUAUUGCUGCAUCUCUAUAUGUGACCACAUAACGUUUACAUACCUGGGCGUAAAUUUCACCUGCCAUUUAUUAUUAUUAAUGUUGCAAAAGUGAUUAAACAAAAAGGAAAAAAUCAUAAUUUAUGUCAUUGUGAUCUCAGUGGUUUCUCAAAUAUUAAGAAAAAAAAAAUGUUAAGUGUCAAAGAGCACGUCAAAUAUUGAAGGCUUGAAGCAAAGUAUACGGCUUAGUGAUUGUGAUUUGUGUGUUAUGCGGUUUUAAUUUUGCACUUAACAAAUAAGCAUUCACUCACCAGGUAUACAUAUGUAGAUAUAUUCAAGGUUGAGUAUCACGAUCGGUGAGUUGUUCGGCAAAUCCAGUUAUACGAAAAAAAGAGAAUCGAUAAGAAACAAACAAAAGAAACUUUUAAAAAAAUCGAAAAACCAACAACAACAACAUCAAUACUGAUCUUGGUGUUUGGGAUUUUCCUGCAAAUUGGCAACGCGGUUGUGUGCCAAUUCUGUAAGUUUGGGGUAAAAGUAAGCCACUAUGCGAUCAUCUCUUGGAUCGCAUCUUCGGCAGUAUGGCCAGUUUCCUUGUUAUGUUGCACUUCUUCUUCUGCUGAUGCUGCAGCAGCUUGAUGUAGCAAAAUGUCAACUAGAAAAUAAACCACCAUAUUUUGUACCUGGAUCCGGGGAUAUGGCGCGGUUUAGCCUUUCCGAGAACACACCCGUUGGCAGUCCGGUUUAUCAACUUAAAGGAAUAGACCCAGAAGGAAGCAAAUUAAAGUACAGUAUCUCGGGGCCGGUAUUUUCUGUUGACCGAGAUACUGGAGUUGUGCGACUACGACAACAAUUGGAUCGUGAGGCGCAAAAUUACAUUGAACUUAUUUUGAGCAUCACCGACGAAGGCAUCUACGGAACCGAACCUAAUACAAUUUCUUUACGAAGAGAAAUUCCAGUGCGUGAUUAUAAUGACAAUAAUCCGAUCUUCAUUGGCCGACCUUACAGUGUGUCGGUGAGUGAAGCGACAGCAGUAGGAUCGAUGUUGGACGUAAGACCCAACAUAAUAGUUACAGAUCGCGAUGAAGGUGUCAAUGCGGAAAUCGAAUUGAGAUGCUUCCAGGAAACAAAGAGUGAAAAUGACAUAUGUGAAACUUUUCUUGUGACCGCUGACAAAAUAUCUGAAGGGAACUACACAGCGCGCUUGACUUUACUUAAGGAGCUUGACUUCGAGAGCAGACCAUCCUACAUUAUGACAAUUUUGGCACGUGAUAAAGCUGUGGGCAAUCAACUAAGCUCGUUUGCUACCGUUUCGAUAAAUGUUAUUGACGUCCAGGACCAGCCACCAAUUUUCACAAAUGCUCCGUACUCUGCCACCGUAGAGGAGAACACCCCAUCUGAUCAGUCAAUCUUAACGAUCACUGCCAUCGAUGGUGAUAUUGGGAUCCCUAGGCCGGUCCGUUUAAACUUGGAAGAUGAACCUUUCGGUCACUUUAAGUUGGAGCCCAUUGGUUCGUUGAGAGAUGGCAAAGCUAUUCUUCGGACAACAGACGUUCCUCUUGACAGAGAGAAUCCUGAGAUUCUUCAAAAUGGUGGAGUGUAUGUAUUUACUGUGAGAGCCACAGAACUGGUGAAUGGUGAAGAAUCGACAGACUUUUCCAGAACUCAAGUCACUAUAGUUGUAACCGAUGUAGACGAUCACAAUCCAGAGUUUAACGAGGAUCUCUUCAACAUAUCCAUUCCGGAGAAUCUGCGAAAUGGAAUGGCUCUGCCCGGACUUUCUGUUUUCAUCAAUGACAAAGAUAUGGGGGACAACAGCCGUUACCAAUUAUCUCUGAGACCAAUAAAAAAUGCCGAUCAAGUGUUCAGUGUUAGUCCCACCAGCAGUCAAGGCCGAACUCCGGUCGUUGUAAAAAUUCUUGACUCCAAUAAACUCGACUACGACGUCAAAGAUCCAAGCUUACGCAUCUUUGAAUUUGAUCUUGUUGCUCUUGUGAAUGGUGAAGAGAAGUCUAGUGCUCGUGUGAUUGUGAAUUUGCUAGAUGCCAACGAUAACUCACCGGUAUUCCAACAGAACACCUAUCGCUUCAAGAUUGAAGAAAACAGUCCCGGAGGAACGACAGUUGGUGACAUCAAGGCAACCGAUAAAGAUUCCAAUGAAUUCGGGGCCAUAAAAUAUUUGCUUAGAGGUUUUGGCUCCGACAAUUUCUAUAUUGACCCCGAAAACGGGCGCUUGUAUAUUUUCAAAAGUCUUGACUAUGAAAAACAGAGUAGCUAUAGUCUUACGAUAGUAGCAAAAGACGGUGGCGGUCGGGAGUCAAAUGCAAAUGUUUUUGUAGAUGUGGUUGAUUUGAAUGACAACUAUCCGAUGUUUGAGAGUUCGGAAUACAGGAGAACAGUACGGGAGGAAGCCAUAGAUUUUGAACCACAGUUUUUCGUACGAGCAAUUGAUAUUGAUGGGCCGGCACAAGGUGGUGGAAAAAUAGAAUACGCUAUAGUUUCGGAGAAUAGUAUCUCGGGAAAUGUUUUCGAAGUCAACAAAAUUACGGGAGAAAUCACUUUAAAGAAGGCUGCAUGGUCAAUGGACACAGAACGCGGAGAAUAUGAGGUCAUUGUUUCUGCAACUGACUUUGGUUCACCACCACUUCAAAAUACCACCCGUGUCCUUGUACGUGUUGGCAUAUCGGGAAAUCAAAGGCCAAUAUUCAAAGGUCACUUUCAAAGUACUGAGCAGGUUCCAGUUAAAGGGCCACCCAGCUAUCGAGUAUCAAUACCAGAAAAUGCAGAAUCCGGGUUAAAUGUAACAACUGUAACUGCAAUCGACCCCGAUGGCUUAGAUUCACUCCUGACCUAUAGAAUUGUCGGUGCUAAUGAUAAUUUUGUAAUAAACGAAAGAAGUGGCCUCAUUCAAGUUUCCCCACAAGCUCGAUUGGAUCGCGACUCAAACAUGGAUAACUUUGAGAUAGUUGUCAAUGCAGUUGAUGCCGGUAUACCUAUUCCAGAAACUGCCACUACAACUGUCUAUGUCAAUAUUAAGGACAUUAAUGAUGAACCUCCUAAAUUUGAACACUCCAGCUACAUAGGUUACGUCUCGGAGAGGACUGACAUUGGUGAAAGAGUUCUUAAGGUCACUGCCACCGAUAAGGAUUUGAAUGCAAAAUUACAAUAUCAAAUCAAAGGCUAUGUUAAAGCCACAACAAAAGCUGGUGUUGCCAUAACUAAUCUUCGAAAUAACUACAAUGCCAACGAAGCUUUCCGAAUAAAUCCGGAGACAGGUGAAAUUCUUGUAAAUGGGGUUCUGAGGCAUGAUGUUGCUGCUGUCAUUAUUUUCACAGUAGAAGUUCGUGAUUUAAAUGCAGAAGUCAACAAGGAUCUUCAAGUCGACACAACAGAAAUCACAAUUUAUGUGCAAUCGUUUAAAGACACUAACCCGGUUUUUAAAAACAAAGGCUGGAAAAGUUCAAAGCCGGUAGUGAAUGUGAAAAUCAAAGAAGAAAUGCCUAUAGGAAGCACUUUAUUUACGCUCACAGCUGAUGAUCCAGUGACAAACUAUCCAAUUAGUAAAUUUGAACUUGUCGAUAUGGAAGAUUUGGAAUUCUUCAAUUUGCUGCAGCGUAGUGGGGAAGUUAUGCUUAAGAAACGUUUAGACUAUGAAAACCUGACUGCAAAUGUGUUUGAGUUUCAAGUUAAGGCUGUAUCCGACGAUGGAACACGAAACACAAUUACCAAAGUCAACAUCACAGUGGAAAAUGUUAAUGAUAAUGCCCCCAUUUUUGAUCAAAGCUCAUAUAAUGCCACACUGAUCGAAAACAAGGUGCAUCCGGAGAAAGUUAUAAAAGUUCAUGCCACCGAUCUAGAUGCUUCACUUAGUACUCGGGACAAUCAACUGGGCUACCAUAGGGUUAUGUACUCCCUCCAGGGUGAAAAUUCAGCGUUUUUCAACAUCAACAACGAAACUGGAGAGAUCACCAUCGCCCCAAAUCAAACAAUUGAUCGUGAAUUAAAUUCAAAAAUUCGUCUGUUAGUUAAGGCCGAGGAUUCGCCAGGAAUGCCAUCGGAUUCCAAGCAAAGUAUUGUAGAUCUGAUAAUUGAUAUUCUUGAUGUAAAUGACAAUGCUCCUGAGUUCACACAGAAGAACUAUACAGCAGUCAUCCAGGAGAAUGUGCCAGAAGAAUCAUUUGUCGUAAAGGUUUUUGCCAAUGACCCAGAUGAAGGUCCAGGAGGUGAAAUUCGAUAUGAUUUCGUCGAUGAGGGUGAAGUCAAGGGUUUGUUUCGCAUUAAUCCCUUGAAUGGAGAAAUCAAAACUAAACGGGAACUUACAGGCAAGGGAAGAUCUGAGCCGUAUGAGUUGAUGGUUAGAGCUCAGGACAAUGGUGGUCAGGUUCAAAAGCAACAGUCACUUUGGUCCGAUGUAAAAGUAACCUUGUUUAUUGGUGAUGUUAGUGCAAAUGAUGGUAUUCCAUAUUUCAUUUCACCAAAAAUUGGAGAAUUUGGUAAUGUUUUUGAGAAUGCCACAAUUAACUCACCAGUGUUUAAAGUUCGAGCUAGUGACCCGGACAGUCCGAGUACCCCUUCGGGGACACUUUUCUAUAGGAUACAAAACGAUACAGCUGAUGCAGGAGCUUUUGAAAUUGAUGAAAAUACUGGCUGGAUAACUACAGCUAUUCCAUUGGACCGUGAAACUAAAGACAUCUACAAUGUUAUAUUGGAAGUUUUUGACAACGGUCAGCCAAGACAAUCUGUGACGAGAAUUUUGAAAAUCAACGUUUUGGACGUCGAUGAUCAUGAGCCUAAGUUUGAAAGGGAUUUCAAUGAUCAACCUCUUGAAAUGACAGUUUUUGAAGACGAACCUAUUGGAACAAUUGUUGGAAAUCUAACCGCCAUUGAUGAGGAUAUUGGAGAAAACGGAGAUAUCGAUUAUAUCAUCACUGAUGGUAACACCGAUGAUGUUUUUACAGUUGAAAGAACGAAUGACAGCACGGCUUUGAUUCGAACAACCCGUAAAAUAGAUCGUGAAAUAGUUGAAUCCUUCACUUUGACAAUCAAAUGUUUUAAGUUUAAUUCAAAACCACCAUCGAAUGCCGCCAGCUCGACUCCCUACGAUCCAUAUGAUCUUUCCGAAAUAAGAGUUCAAAUAAAGAUCCAAGACAUUGAUGAUAAUCUUCCACAAUUUGCAAGAAAGAAUCCUUCUGUUGGAAUUCGUAUCAACGUCCCCAUCGAUACAGUUAUAGCUACAAUUCAUGCCACUGAUAUAGAUGCUGAAGCACCGCCAAUUGUGUUAUCCAUUGACAAUGUCACUUUUGUACCGCAAUUCUAUAAACGAGCGAAAAAUAUGUCCCAAAACUCCGUUGGUAGUUUAUUCACACUCAAUAACAAAACCGGUGAAUUACGAACAGGAGGAUCUUUUACAAACUAUGUUGAUGGAUAUUUCCAGCUUCGUCUACGAGCUAAUAAUUCGGACAAUGUCAAGCGCCACACCUUUAAUAACCUUAAGGUAUUUGUCAUACGAGACAAGUCGUUAUUAAAGUUUGUUUUUGCUCGUCCACCAGGAGAGAUUCAGGGAAUUAUUCAACCUUUCCAAGAGCAGCUUCAAAAGAAGCUAAAGCCAAUGAAUUUGGAAGUACACAUUCUAGACACUCAAGUGCUUACCCGACCUGACAUGAGUCUGGACUUCACUUCAACCAGUUCAUGUUUCCAGAUAUUCAAAAAUGGAGCUGCAAUACCCUUAAUUGAGAUGCAAAAGCUCAUGGACUCAAACAAACUGAAACAGGAACUUUUCGAUACUUACGUCGAAUUCGGUGUGAGUCAGGUGGAACCGUGUUCGAUUCGGAAACAUGUUGCUGCUGCCAGUCUUAUGUCAUCGCCAGGAACUUGGCUGGUUAUAAUAGCUGCGUUCAUUGGUAUAGCUGCUAUUAUUGCCACUUGCACGGCUUGUUGUUCAGCUAAAAAAUACAAAAAGCACUCGAAAAGAAUGCCCACACCAAGACCACCGCCUGAACCGUUUGGAGUUGGGGUACCUGCAGUAUUUUAUUCCGAACCAAUUUACGGGCCAUUGUAGUGAAUUCUCUAAUUUUAAGAUUUAAGUUAAAAAGUUUGUAAAUACUUUAUAUAUUAUCCACUUUAAUCCUAUAAACUAUUCCCCUAUUAUUAUCUUAUACUUAAAAUUAAAAGUGAUGCGCUUUUUUGAAUGAUAUAAGUUUUGUGAUAAAAAUACUCAAUAACUUUUGUAUAAGUUAAAUAUUUUUUGAUUGUAAUAAGUUUUCGUAUAAAAUGCAUCUACGACGGCGUGUUUACUAUAAAUAAUAACAUACUUAAACUAUGUUUAAUGAUUUGGUGUUAAUGACUAUACGCUUAUCUAUAUUGCCAUGUGAAAAAAGGCGUUUGGUCACUUUUAGCUGUAAUAUUGUAACAUCUUUGAAUCGAACUAUAAAUAAAAACUUUGUAUGUACAUUAAUUUUUAAGUCAAAAGUUA